AUGCCUCCGAAACGAAAACGACCAAUGGCAAGAACAACUCAGCAGAAGGACGAGCUUUCAAGCAGUUGCGACUCUGCUGAGCCAUCACAAGUCGAGUCUAUGAACGAAUGUGAAAGAAGCACGUCCGAGGCGGACAUGUCCAUGGAUUCAACCACGAGAAUCAAGUCAAACGUCUGGCUUUAUGCUCAUCGACACCCAACAUCCGAUGGAUGGGCUGUUUGUGACCUUUGCCCGUUGCUGCCCGCGCCGAAACUUAUCUCAACGAAAGGUGGAGCGACAAGCACGCUACGAAAACAUUUAGUCAAAGUUCACAACAAGGUGGAGCUUCAGCUUGCUCGGCCAACUGGAUGUCCAGCUGACAAAGUUUCUCCAGUUCAUCGUGCCCGACUACAUCAACUGCUUAUCAAUGCCAUCGUUGUCGAUGGUCGCUGCUUCGGGGAUUUUCGAAGGGCUGGUUUCUCUCGAUUUCUCGAAUGUGCUGUACCUGGUAUGCCAUGUUUACUGAUAAACCCAAUUCGAUGCAUCUUCUGUUCAGGAUACGUUCCACCGCACUCGAACACAGUCCGCCGUUCACUGAAGCAGCUCUACAAAAUUCACCGCGCCCGUCUCGUCGAGCGAUUGCGUGGCGUCGAAUGGAUAUCCAUUACGUGCGAUUUCUGGUCCAACCGUCUCGCUCAAUCCUUCCUUGUGUUAACCGGCCACUAUCUAUCAUCGACAUUCGAGCUGAACAACGUCAUACUCGACUUUGUUCAUUUCGAGCAACGCCAUCUUGCCGAAAACAUUGCCGGCACAAUUCAGUCGAAACUCGAGAAGCUCGGCAUUUUGAACGCGGUAUCAUCAGUGACGUGUGAUGGCGCAUCGAAUAUGAAGAAGACAUUCGACAAGCUUACAAACAUCGAUCGAAUCUGGUGUUUGGCACAUCGGCUGCAUUUGAUCGUCACCAACAGUCUCGGUUUUUGGCUGAAACUACCUGUCGUCGAUGUUGAGGAAGAAACCAUUGACAACGAACCUAUCCUGGAUGUCGUCGUCGACGACGAAUCUGAAUCAGCUGAAGAAGAAUCGAUCGAUGAAGUGGACGACGAUCCUGAUACCGAUGACACUGUCACCGACGAUGAUGAAGUCGAAGUGAUUCGCCUGCUCCAUUUAGGUCGGCUCGCAGGCAGACGAGAGUGGUCGGGGCCCGUCGAUGAUGGUUGGGCCGAGGGCGUUGACACCGGUGCCAUUCAUGCAUCAGAGGACCUGAUUGUUAUAAGUGAGCUCAUGCGAAGAUGUCGAUCCUUGACAACUUCGAUCAAGCGUUCGUCGGUAAUCAAGUCUGCACUGGAAAAAGCAUCCUCUCGAUUGGGUAUUCAACGAACACUGGUUAUCGAUGUAUGCACGAGGUGGAAUUCUACUUUACGCAUGAUCGAAAGCUUCAUCGCUUUGAAACCAGUGGUAACGAAGCUCUUUGACGACAUGCCUAGCAUUGAACUGCCUCGAAAACAAAUGGCAAAGCUGGAGAAACUCGAACUGACUUCCUCCGAUUGGACAUUAUUAAAACUAUUAGCUCAACUGCUCAAACCAUUCGAUCUGGCGACGAAGCUCCUUAGUUCUCAAACGUAUCCGACAAUUGGUCUUUGCGUAUUCGCAUUGCACCACAUCAAGAUGUUUCUCGAAGAUACCGACGGCGAUAGCGAUCUGUCAAAGCGAUUGAAACGCCACCUUCUGAAAACGAUGACAAAGUACAUCGACGAUGAGAAAGAGCAGCUCCGAAUCGUUCGAGUGAGUCUUUAA